AUGCAGGUCCACGCUGUGCCUGAAGCAGAGCGUGCGUUCGACUCGACAGGCAGAAGACUGCCAUGGGGGCUCGAGUUUGCAGACAACGACCACAACCAGCGCACACGCAUACCCGAAGAGAAAGGGCCCUUUGGCAAAGCACGCAAACGCGGGUCUACGCGCGCAAAGACACCCACAGCCAAGUCGGCCGAAGACAGCGCCAAGCUCGACAACCUGCGCGCCAUUGACGACAUCUUCGGGCGCUUCAAGGUCGACGAGGACAAGAAGCGGUCGCUCUCAGGCCACUCCGUAGCCGCACUGCCACCGUCUGCGUCCGCGCCGAUCCUAACAGAGGGCGGUGGUCUGCUUGGGACAUCGUUCGACGGCGGCGCGCCCACCAACAUCACAGCGAAAGAGCCCAAGGAAGUCAUCCUGUACGGCUACGGCUCCGACGUGCAAUGGGCAGCGAUAGACUUCUUUGAAAAGGUCUCCAACGGCAUCAUCUACGAGGAAUACGACCGCGAGCCGUACAAUCCCAAGUUCAACUACGCCUUCGGCACCCAGCGGACCUCGCACUACCGCUCGCUGUCCAAGGCAGCGCUGAGCAGAGUCAACCAGUUCGUAGGCGGCGAUCACUGGAUAAAAGUGACGUUCGAUUCAGCAGAAGCCGCUGAGCGCGCAUGCCACUACUCGCCCCACAACAUCCAAGGCUACACUGUCUUCGCCGAAGCAUACAGAGGCACAGGCCCUCAGGGCGGCGAUCGCGCUCUCCGCGCCCAGGUUGGCGGCGCAGUAUCGCUCCUCUCCUCGCCACAAACCACGUCCUCCAGCACAAUACCAGACACAUCGACAACCGUGUCCUCUGCCACAGCAACGACCGCCCACGCGCCAAGCCUCCCCCCACGAUCAACGACCAUGCCGCUCUUCCCUAGCGGUUCCUUUCCCAUGGACGAUGGGCCCGUCGACCGCGUACCCCCAGCGCCUAUUGCCCUGCCCCGACAAACACAGAUGCAAUCGACGACCACGUCCGCGCAACUGGCACCGACCUCGCGCCGCGCAACCCUGCGCCUCAAAGGUGCAAACGUCAAACCCGCCGUCUUCAUGCCCCAAGAAAAAGCAUUCCUCCCCGCGCCGCCGCGCUGGCAGCAAACGUUCGGCUCCCUGCCCAUCAUCGGGUGGGUGAUUGGGAGCGGGCAGGGCAUCAUAGGGGAUCAGGUACCGCGGAAGGAAGACGGAAGCUUCGAUGCGAACACCGCCAGUUUGUACUGGCGAAUGUGGUACAGUGUAGACUCGUGCUUGGGGACGGAUUUCUGCGGAGUGAGGGAUGCCGAGUACGACGAUUAG